GCGACUUCCAUGUUUCCGCCUUUACGCCAACGUGAUUCGAUAUCUCAUCACCCGAAUGUAUCGCACCUAUUGUUCUCCUUAUACCAGUCUACAAAUGUCCACCUACAAGCUACCACCGCCGCGGAAAUGGAAGCAUACCCGCUACCUUGACCCCGACACCGACCUAUUAUUCCCUAUCCUCGUCGACUCAGAAACAGCACGAGGUGCAGUCGAAUCUUUGCCGUCUGCAGUACCUCGGAGGGAGGUGGUCGAAAAGACCAGGAUAAAAGGAGGCAAAACUACCACCCGGGCCCCCGGCACCUAUCAAUUCCUGAGAAAGUGCUGCCUACCACCAUUGCACAUAACGCCAGCCGCUAUGAUCACUUGCCCCACCCUCCUUCGAGCAUCCCCCAGAACAUCUCGCCGCACUGAAGUAGGCCAAUAAUGGGGGAAACUCCCCUUCUAUCGUCAUGACCAUCGUUUUCUUUUUGCAAUCGUCUAUCUAUCCUGCUCUUGUCGUGAUACCCUUGUCGUCAUUGUCGUUGCCUUUCUUGGCUUUCUAUCAUGCCAGGCGUAUGCGCAUAUGAACCCCUUCCUUUACCCAGUCGCUUGAGUGUAUUUAGAACAUAGAUAAAGACUUUGUCUCUCAUCAUAGG